AUGGUAUCACCAGGCAGAAGCAGUGAGCAUGUGGAACAGGUGACGUUAGUUGAAACAACAAAAUUGAACAAAUUAGGUUCAGAAGGUGCGCCAACUCCAAUACCUGGACAGUACGGUCGUCCGGCAAGUAGUAGCACUGCAACAUCGAACGGAUCUGCUCCAAACACCAUCGUUGGUGGAGGAAGCGAUCUUGUUGAUUGGCUUAUGGAACACGUUGAUGGUCUCCGAGAUCGCAAAGAUGGACGUAAAUUUGCCGGUGAAUUGCUGAAAGAAAAACUUAUCAGCCAUGUCGUCAAUAAAAUUACGUUCACCGAACAGUGUUACUAUAUUUUGGGUGAAGAAUGUGCUGAUUAUGCACGUUUGCGGCAAAAUCUGGCCGGUGAUGAUGGAGGUGUACGAAGUGAAGUGGGUUCCGUACUGCCACCACCACCACCUGGACUUGUAGCAGCAGCAGCAGUAGCACAACAAACAGGACGAGCAGCAGCAGCAGCAGUAUGGCCACCGCAACAACCAACAAUCAUCCCGCAUAGUGCUCCGUCAAUG